CGCUGUACCUUUGUGAAGACGUGUGACUGGACAAUGAGGGUUGUUGUUGGUUUGCUGUUGCUGCUGCUCGGUCUGUGUGGGUCAGGGGCUCAGGGGGAGGGUGGAGGCCUCGGUGAGGCGGGUGAGAUCAGCCAGUUUCAGGAGAAAGCUCCAAGAGAUGCAGCUGAGGAACCGACCACAAAGCAAACCACCCCUGACAUCUGGGCGGAGGUGAGGGCGCUGAGAGACAUGGUGGUGGAGCUCAAGGUGCGCGUGGAUCUGCUGCAGAGAGAGAACUCUGAGUUGCAGACCAGACUGAGCAGCAGUGAGAGGGAACUUCUCGUUAGCAAGUCCAGGAUUGAUCAGCUGGAGAGACAAAAUGCAGAGAGGCCAAAGGUGGCCUUUUAUGCAGCUCUGACUGAUGCAGGUUAUGUUGGACCACAAAACACAGACAUCACACUGAAAUACAGCAAGGUCUUCACCAACAUUGGCAAUGCUUACAAUCCAGCUACAGGUUUUUUCAUAGCACCAGUCCGAGGGGUCUACUAUUUCCAGUUCACUGUGUGUGGUAACCACACAGGUCUAGUGGGUGUGUAUGUGUACAAAAACAACCAGCGGAUCAUGUUUAAUGUUGAGUGGAAGGAAGACGCACAUUUUAAGUAUUUCACUAACUCUGUUGUCUUGGAGCUGAUGGCAGGAGAUAAGGUUCACCUGGUUCUCCCAUCAACCUUUGCUGUCUAUGACAGUGUAGAUAACCACAGCACUUUCAGUGGCUCUCUUCUCUUCGCACUGUAAGAACUGUUCAGUCUGCUGUGUUAUUGAUUUAUCAUAAACUCUGUUUUUAUCGAUUACACUGAUUCUUUAGAAAAUGCUGAUAAAUCUCUGCACAGCUGCCUCGAAGACAAAUGUCUGUAUGUUUACUGCCUGUAUCAAAUAAUGUGAUUCUGAAUCUGACCUCCUUCUUGUUUCAUCACAUAAAAUAUUCAGUUAAUCAAAGACUCAUUGACGUUCUGUUUCUUGUCAUUGAUUGUAGAUCUUCAUAUAGAAACUUUACAUGAACUGCAAUGAUGUUCACAUACUGCAAAUGUUUAGAUUCAACUCUGGGUUUACUCCAGAUGCUCUGGAAAUAUCGCGAAUAAACAUAAAAAAGGGUGAUAAAAAAGA